ACCCAACUUCUACCAUCACUUAUUUUAACCCUAUAAUGCUUCAUCCUCUCUCUCCUCACAUUCAUCUCUUCCUCUUGUAAACAUCGAAGAGCAAGAACACUCCCCUUCUCUCUCUUCAAUAUCUGCGUAUUUCUAUACGAGUUUUUGAGAAAUUUUUAUAGUUUCAUGGUCUAAACAUCAUCCCGAUCAAAAGCUCUCAAGCAAUUUCGAGAAAUUUCAACUUUCUCUCUCUACAUUCAACUUCUCUCUCCUCUCAAAUUGUCAGAUCUGGAUGGAAAAUCUCGAUCCUGAUGUUGUUUUUGCUGAUAGUGGUGACGGAAAGUCCCCAUCUCAAUCUGAAUCGUAUGAGUGCUCGGAUCGCUAUUGUGACAUUCCGAAAACUUGCAAUGGGAAUCACUCCUAUAGCAACGAGGCUAAAAGGUGGCGUGCUCGUAAAACACCUUGGCAUUAUUGGAAUGGUGAAUAUGCAACCACCUCUGAUUCAAAGACCCGUUCCGACUCCGUAAAAGAGUGUGACGAAGUUGUCAAUCAACCUCUGAAGUCCCCUCUGAAGUCCCCUAUGAAGUCCCCCCUGAAGUCCCCUCUGAAGUCCCCUGCUCCUACUCCGCCUCCUAAGUCUCCUGCCCCUGCUCCUCCUGGUCCUGAUGUUGAUGACGGCUACGACUGUGAUGAUUUUGGUGAUGAUGGUUCUCCGGGUGCUGGUGUUGAUGGAUAUAUUAGUGAUGGUUGUCAAUCACAGAGCUAAGUCCCCUGAACUUACUCUGUAUUUUAUUUUAUUUAACUGAAACAAAAAAUUGGGCAAUGAUUAUGGAGAUUAAUGUUGGUUAUUAUGAGUAGUAUUCGAAUUUAUGGAUAUUAUUAUUUUGAAUGUGAUGGAAUUUUAUUUGCUUUUGUUAGUUGAUGUCCCCUGUAUACUUGUUGGAUUGUUGGAUAGAUAUCCUCUGUGUGUUGUUGAUUGUCUCCUUGAUUGUGUGUUGUUGAUUGUCCCAUAUGUGUUUGAUUUAUUUUCUGAUUCUAAUGUCCCAUGUUGGUGGUCUAUUGAGGCUCUUUUUAAGUUUGGCAUGCUUGAAUAUGAAUUGAAUUUGUUGAUGUAUGAGGACAAUUGAGAUUUUAAGUCACUUAUUUCUGUUUUUUUUAUCGAUGAUGAAAUUCUCUAUUCUGAAAAUUUAAUUUCAAUGUCCCUGCAUGUCGUGCCAUUAAGCCACCGGUUUUUAACUGAUUUGAGGCUUUUUCUGAGUAUGAUAUGUUUGGGUAGGAAUUGGAUUUUGUGAUGUAUGGGGACAACUGAGAUUUUAAGUCACUUCUUUCUGUUAUUUAUCGAUGAUGAAAUUCUCUAUUCUGAAAAUUUAAUUUCAAUGUCUCUGCAUGUCGUGCCAUUAAGCCACCGGUUUUUAACUGAUUUGAGGCUUUUUCUGAGUAUGACAUGUUUGAGUAGGAAUUGAAUUUGGUGAUGUAUGGGGACAACUGAGAUUUUAAGUCAUUUCUUUCUGUUUUUAAUCAACGAAUAAAUGUUUUCUUUUAAAAUAAAACUUGUUCAUUUCAACUUCAUCUUUCAUUACAUUCUCAAAAACUAGCACUCCCAUUACAAUUUAUCAUUCCAAAACUAACACUUCCACAACAUUUUUCACUCAUAAACUAACACUUCUAUUACAUUUCCCUCAAUAACUAACACUGCCAUCAUAACUUUUCAUUCAAAAACUUUUAAAAUUCCCAUCACAUAUUCCUAUUUGCAUUAGAUGUACCCUCUCCAAAUGGAAUUGGCACUCUAAAUUCUGCCUCACUUGCAUCUAUUAUCCUCUGUGCAUUUUCUUGUUGAGUUGCUGCAUUCCCAUUUAGUUGGUCAUAAUAUGCGUGAAUGUGAUCCCAACAUUCCCUGACUGCCCAACUAGGAGCCUCCACUCGAGUUCUGAGAUUACCUUCUCUUUCCAGCCUUUCUUUGUUAACAUGAGGCAAUACGUAGCAAUUUGAGCCCUUUACCUUUAGAAUUUCAUUCAUAACAUUUUGUUACGACUGCCAAACAUUGCCUAGAGUUUUGUGGUCUAGCUCAUUAAAUGCAUCAUCUACUGCUUUUAAUAACAUGUCAACAUCAUUUGGCAUCUUCUUAUGCAUCGACGACUGAAUACUCCGGAAAAAUCCAAGGUCCAAAAUGUUCAAAUCCGGGCUGUUUGGUGGCUGCUGAUAUAGAAUAAAUGUGAACCCAUCUUGAGUUUAUGCUUCUGCCAUUCUGGAUCAUCAUCUGUUAUGUGAGCCCUUGCAUUGUCUUGUUGUAUGUAUAUGGUUUUUGGCCCAUUAAUUGGCCACUUUUCCUUUAUUGCUGGAAUUAUUUGAUGAAUCAACAAGUCACGUGUUACAUUUUGGUUGACUGAUUCCACCACUUUUGUGAGAAUUGUCCCCUUUGGCCUAUACUUGGAUGAUCUUUUUGCUGCCUCCUUAUAAGUGAAUGGAAAUGUACCUAUUUUCCCAUCAAAUAGGCAUUCCCCUGCAUUGUUGUAAACCGGCCUCGCCACAACUGUUGUGAACAUUACUUUGGGCACAUCUUUGCUUGUUGGUGCUGCUCUAGAUUGUGGUAUCUCUCCAUUAGCUAAGUAAUAUCUCUCUGAUUUUUUAGUUAGAAAGAACCACUUCUCAUCCAAAUGCACAAAAUCAAACAUCGGAUAGCAAUGUGUUUUUGUUAAGGGGGUUUCACCCUCAAGCAAAUGAAGCACCCACUCAAGCCUCUUAAUUUUAGUUGACUCACUCAGCCCGGGGUGUAAUGGAUCCCCUCUCUUUAUCAUCCUCCAGAUUGUUGUACUGCGUAAAUCGAGCAUUUCCGCUAGAUCUCUAAUGCAUGUUCGUUUACCCAUUGCCAAUGAUUUAAUUCUGUCUAAUGGUGCUUGGAUUCUUUUUCUACCACAUUUAUGUAAACGGUGAUAAACCUCAUAAUCUUGCCCAGAUUGUCUCUGCCUCAAUGCCCUAUUCCACAGGCGACUAAUUGUUUGUCUUGUUGUAUUAAAUGUGUCAGCAACAAGAUUAAUAGAAUUUGGUAUGAGCUUACCUGCAACUUUUCUUUCCAAGAGCCAAAUGAGUAUCUUGAGCCGUUCCGGAUUGCUGAGCCUGCGUUCCCUGGGAUGACUCCCUUGUUGGGCUGCUGCAUUUGCUGCUGCAUUUGCUGCUGUAUUUGUGUGAGCCUGUCCAUCUUGAUGAUGAUUUUGACCUUGAGUAUCUUGAGCUGGUAUGUAUUGUUCCUCCUCUGGUUGCCACAAACCCCAAAGAUCCUGGUCUGAUUCAAUCGGCUCUGUAUUCAGAUCAAUUUGUGCUUCUACUGGGUCUGUGUUCAGAUCGAAUCGUGCUUCAACUGGUUGUGUGUUCAGAUCGAUUUGUGCUUGAACGUUACCUUGUUGAUCUGGAAAUAUGUCCCCAAUCAACAUAUCUCCAACGUCUUCAUCAUCAUCAGAUUCAAUGGCAAUGAACCAGCCAUCAUCCAUGUCUGAAGGAAAAUACGCAGGCGAUGAUGCUCUCCACUUAAUUGUUUUUUCCACUGUAUAAUUUUUCUGUAAGUUGUCUUAUGAGAAUUUCUGAAUUGGAGUUUUUUUUUUGGCAGUACUGAAAUACUCCAUUUAGUUUGGUUUUUAUAGAUGAGGAUGCAACCAAAAGUCACAUUAUGACAAGUUAGCAAUCUGUGUGAUUUGUAAUUAUUGGUUCAUUUUGAUAAUACAAAAAUCUCAUUGGUUGUUUCAA